UGGAAACAUGUCAUUGGCUCGUUACGCCAUAAUCGGGGAACGGUGGUAAACUAUUGAACUUGUGCUCUAACAAGAAGAGGAUCAUUCCUAUUCUAUAAUUUUCUGCCAGCACUCUCAUCAGCCAAAACUCCAUCCUCACCAACCCCACCUCCGUAGUCCUCCUUCGUCCUCUCUGUCUCUCUCCCUCUACCGAAGCUUUACGUUUCAUAGAGAGAGACGGAGAGAGGCCAUGGAGAGGCUUCUAUGCUCUUUUUCUCCUACUCCUACUCUCAAAUUCCACCUUAAACCCACCCCAUUUCUCCCUCCACUUCGACGAUUUGACUUGCCCAAACUUGGUUUUCCCUCUCUAGUACGCCCUGAGUUCAGGAGACUCAACUUAGUUUCCUGCAGUCAUGAGAACCCAUCAACCCCUUCAAUUAAACUGCCCUCUCUAUCUCCUCCCCCGAUUUACUCGCGAACUGGGUCAAUUCCAAAAUCCCAUUUUCCCCAACAGAUCGCAAAUGGAGCUUCUGUGCAACAAAAGGCAGUUAAUCUGGGGACGUUUAUAUUACUCUCAGCUGUCAUCAUGUUCUUAAUCCACCCAGUUUUUGCUUCACCAGCAUUUGCAACCUUUCAAACCGCUGCAAACACUGGGGGUCCUGUUGCUGCUGCUGCAGUUGGGGCAAAACUGUUGCGUACUGAAUUGUUAAGUAGUGCCUGGACUGGUUUCCUUGCUGGUUGCUUACAUACACUGUCAGGACCAGACCACCUUGCUGCUUUGGCUCCGCUUUCAAUUGGCCGUUCCCGAAUGGAAAGUGCUGUCGUUGGGGCUCUUUGGGGUUGUGGCCAUGAUGCUGGUCAGGUCAUAUUUGGCUUGUUGUUUCUAUUGCUAAAGGAUCAGCUCCACAUUGAGAUUAUCAGAACUUGGGGCACAAGAAUAGUUGGUUUUACACUACUUGUUAUUGGUGCUAUGGGAAUUAGGGAAGCUUCAGAAGCCCCAAACCCAUGUGUUGCCCUUGAAAAUGGCGAGUGUGAUGUUAGUGUUUAUGAAACAUUAGAAAGCCCAACAGUGGGGAAGAAGAAGAUAGGCUUUGCUACUUUUGCCACUGGGAUUGUCCAUGGGUUGCAACCAGAUGCAUUGAUGAUGGUCUUGCCUGCGCUUGCAUUGCCUUCGCGCUUGGCUGGUGCUGCAUUUCUAGUCAUGUUCCUAUUGGGGACUGUGGUUGCAAUGGGAAGCUAUACAGUAUUUAUAGGCUCAUGUAGUCAGGCAUUAAAGGAUCGAAUGCCUAGAAUUACUGAGAAACUCACUUGGGUUUCAUCUCUGAUUGCAAUUGCCCUUGGCCUGGCCAUUAUCAUUAGCCAGUUUUUUGGAUUUAACUUGUAUUGAUCGAUCGAUCUAACACAGGCAUCGAGAUUCCUAUUUGCAAGCCAGUAUUUUAGUGUUAAGAGAAGGAUCUUUAGAAAGGUAUAGUCAAUUUAUUUCAGGCCUCCAAAAAAAAACCUGCCCAACAUCUUAUGUCAGUGAGUAACAUCAUCUUCACUAUCUUAUUUUGCUUUUGGAGUUUGUAAUUUUUGAUAUACAAGUGAAGCCUAUGUCUUUCAGUUGUGGUAGAAUUUGAGUUCAAUUGAACGAUUUGCUUUACCAUUUGGUGCAAUACACUUCUUGUAGCCCUCAUUAAGUCCUUGUAUGUGACUCUUCUUGGCACACAAUCGCAGUCUUUCUGUUCUUAUGGGGCUCUUGAUCUGGGACUGCUAGAACAGUUGUUGCCAUGCUGACCUGACCUUUUGUAAUGGAUAAAGUUGCAUUUGAUCA